AUGGCGACAUUGAACCAAACAUUCCAAACGGACCUCAACAACCUCACACAUUGCUGCCCGCAGCAACCCAAACAACAAAUGCCCCGCCUUCCCCUCGAAGAAGGGCUCCAAUGGGGCUCCGACCCCAGCUUCUGCUACCACGGCUUCUCAUGUCCAAUCGGCACCUGGACAGAAGACCGACUCGUCCAAAACCUAAUGCGCAACAUGGCCAGCAUCUGCACAAGCGUCAACAUCGGCUUCGACAUCCCCGAGACAACCGACUCGGAAUUCACAAAACCCUGCCUGGAUCCCAUGCAACUAAACGGGUUCACACUCCCAAUGUUCCAGCCUUCACUGGUUCCAGUCCCACGGGAUGAAAGACUAUCAGAGACACCUUCGUCCCCACUCUCCUCCUCCUCAUCAAGCCAAGGCCAAAGAUCUUCAUCGGCUUCUUCAUUCCCGUCAGAUAUUGGCGAGUGCACGCGACGGGCCAGCUGUGCCAGGGCUGCGAAUAAGGUUGGAGUCAGGAAGAGGAAGUGUGUGCAGAAGGCUGGUCAGAAGUUGUGUCAUUGUCGGUCUGAGAAGAGGAGGAGGGAGAUUAUUGGGGAGAGGUAUAAGGAGCUCUGUAGUAUUGUGCCGGGGCUACAGGAGCAUUCUUAUACGAGGAAAUAUGUGCUUGAGGAGGCCGCAUUGUGGAUUCAGUCUUUGCUGAAGGGGAAUGAUGAGCUGCGGAAACAACUUGCGGACUUAGAGGGGCAGGGCCCACAGCAGGUGGAUAAUGUUUGGUCAUGUGACCUCGAGAUGCUGCCUUCGCACUUGCAUUAA